UGAAAACAGAUCAAAGGGGAUGAAGGAAGCUUUCCAUUGAAGAGGUGAAGUUUACAUAAUGAUAUUGCAACUUAGUAUAAAACUUCUCUCGUGUAAAUAGGCUCUAUGUCUCUCAGGUGGAAUAAUUCUUAGAAAACUUAACCUAGCCAUUUCUAAGAGGUCUAUUUAUAGCCUCCAUAGAAUGGUAGGUUUACAAUGAUAUGGGCUCUCUUUUUGAGGAGGCUCAUUCAUAUUUUAGCUCAUUAGUCCUUUCCAGUUAAAGCCUAAUAAUUACACAAUAAAUACUACAAAUAGGCUAGAUAAAAUACAUUGAUCAUAAUACUAAAAAUAUCACUAACAGCUAUCAAACGCCGUUGCGUGCUCCCCUUCUCGUCGCGGCCGUUUGAGUUCUCUGACUGAGCCGCCACCCUUCUUCUUCUCUUUUCAUCUCGUCUGCAAUUCUAUCUUCGUCAGUUUGGAUCACCUUCAUCAUUGUCAUCUUCGAUGGAGUCACCGUCGCUCAAAAUCCGACCAAAUCUGUAAAUUUCCAGCGGCUAGAUUUCCAGAUUCAGAUGGCGAGGGGUUUGGUUGGGUGGUGGGGCGGUGGCUGACGGAUGUAGGGGGCCGAUGAGGAACCGACAAGCGGCAGCGACAGGGGCGGACCGGGUUGUGCUUGAAUGAGUGGGAGUGUGCGCUAUGGAGGCGGUGGUGGGGUGGUGGUGCCGAAGGGGUAAGGGGGCAGGGAUGGGGUAGUGGAGAGAUGGGUGAGGCAGGGGGGUUGGUGACGCAGGAAAUGGGGUUGGAUGAGGUAGGGGUUGGGUUACGGUGGUCACCAGCGGUGGUUUCCGACUGUGGUCGGAGGUGGUGGUCGCCGACGGUGGCCGGUAAUGGUAAAUGGACCAACUCGGUUGGUUGGAUUGGAUAACUAUAAUUGGUCGAAAUUGGGUAACUAUAAUUGACGCAUUGGGUAAUUAUAAGUGACUGGUCGUGUAACUAUAACCGACGAAUCAAAUAACUGUAACUGUAACGGGUUGGAUAACUGUAAUUGGACGGACGAGGGUUGAUCAUUGUACGGGCAUGCAUUUGUCACUGAACAGGCAAAUGUUGGUCACUGGACGGACAAACGUUUGUCACUGGACAGGCGGACGUUGGUCAAUGGACGGGUGAAAGUUGGUCAAUGAACGGGUGGUCGUUGGUCAGUGGAUGAGAGUCACUUUGUUAAAUGGUCACUGAGCGGAAGUCACUAUAAAGUUGGUAACGGUAAAAGUUGGUCAUUUAUUUAGUUUUAUAAGGGUGAAAUGGUCUCCUAACUCUUUUUAGUCACAUUUUUGGAAAUUAAAACAAAAAGUCACUUUUUUUUGUCCAUUCUCUGUUUUUUAGCAAUAUUGAUGGCAAAACCCAAAACCCCUUAUUAAAAAAGAAUAAAAUAAGAAUAAUGAACCGCAGCAAACUUUAUCAAGUAUAAAGUGAAACCCGAAAAUGCUGAAGUAUUACAUACGGAGUAAAAAAGUCCAUAGUCAUGUUUGAGUCAAUAUCUCUCCCCGUUAAGUCUCCGGUAUGGCCGUAUCUAUGUCUGUGAGUCUGUGACUCUGCAACCUAAGUCCUCACCCGCUCUGUCUACGGCUCAUAUCCACUGUAAACCACCAAAACCUCCAUUAGCAACCUGAACCUUAGCCUAAAACCCUAAGCUUCGGUACUGUCACCACACUCAACAGCUCCACUAGACAAUUACCAUUACUAAACGUUCUCCUUUACGCACAAUGAAUGCUUGUAGCUGGCGUGUACAUGGAGCGGAUUAAGAAAGCCAUUAUUUUUAUAUAUUCCAUAAAUUGCUUCAUCGCUCGUCGAACCAUGUUCGUUCUUUUCCAUCGAUUAUCGCAUAUCAGACACAGAGGCAAAUGUCACCGUGUAAGCCCAAUUUCGUACAAUUUCUUGAUGUUUGUUAAUGAUUUUAUUUGCUUUUCCCACUGCUCGCUGGCCAGAAGCACCAAUUAUAGUACUUCUGAGGGAGCUUUCUUGGAUGCCCAAAUGAUAAAGAAAAUUGUUCAUGAAGGUAGGUGGGAUGAUUUUGGAAGAUUGGGACUCUGUGACUCUGAUUUAACUUCAACUUGGGUCUCCAGAAUCUUGGUGGAGUUAAAACAGGAACCUAAAUUAGCUCUUAACUUGUUUAAUUGGGCAAAGGCACGGAUUUCAUUUCAUCAUACCACAGAGAGUUAUUGUCUGCUUGCUCACAUUCUGUUCUGUUCAAGAAUGUAUAGUGAUGCAAGCAAUGUUCUAAAAGAACUGAUUAGUUUGAACAAUGGAAAUAAGGCGGCUUUACUUGACAUCAUGUGGUCAACUAGACAUGUCUGUGUUCCUGGUAAUGGGAUUUUUGAUUCUUUUUUCAGUGUAUUAGUAGAACUGGGAUUUCUAGACGAUGCAUAUAGGUGUUUUUUGAGGAUGAGAAGUUUCAAAGUGUUUCCUAAAACACGAUCUUGCAAUCAUCUUUUGGAUAGACUUAUAAAGGCAGGAAACCAAGUUAUUUCCUGGAAUAUUUUUGAGGAUAUGAUUGCUUCCGGACCUUCCCCAAACGUGUACACAUAUAAUGUAAUGAUUGGUUAUUUGUGCAAAGAAGGGAACUUGGAUGCUGCAAGAAGAUUAUUUUUACAGAUGAAAGGGAACAAUGUUAGUCCCGAUAUUGUUACAUAUAAUUCUCUAAUUGACGGGACUGGAAAGUUAGGGGAGCUUCACGAAAUGAUUUAUAUAUUUGAGGAAAUGAAGGAAGCUGGGUGUAGUCCUUGUGUAGUAACAUAUAAUACAAUGAUUAAUUGCUUGUGUAAAUAUGACAAAAUGGACAAGGCAUUCAAAUAUUUGAAUGAGAUGAAGAGCAGUGGUAUAAAACCCAACAUAGUGACUUAUAGCACAUUUGUUGAUGCUUUCUGCAAAGAAGGGAUGCUGCAAGAAGCCUUUAAAUUUUUUGUGGACAUGAGGCGAGUUGGUCUGCUUCCCAAUGAGUUCACUUAUACAUCCUUAAUUGAUGCAACCUUUAAAGCAAGGAAGAUGGACGAAGUUCUGAAGCUAGUCAAAGAGAUGUUGGAAGUGGGACUCAAGCUCAACAUUGUUACCUACACAGUAUUACUAGAUGGUCUUUGUGAAGAAGGGAGGCUUACAGAAGCUGAAGAUGUUUUUAGAAUAUUAUUAAAAGACGGGAUAAUUCCUAAUGAAAAGUCUUUCACUGCUCUAGUGCAUGGGUAUAUGAAAUCAAAAAGAUUGGAAGAUGCUAUGAAUAUUUUGGAAAAAAUGGAGGAAAAUAAUAUCAGGCCAAACGAGUUACUCUAUGGAACUGUUAUAUGGGGACUUUGCCAACAAGGGAAGUUUGAGGAUGCAAAGAUUUUUUUUGAUGAAAUGGAGGGGAGAUGUAUUAAAGCUUCUUCUGUGGUAUUCACCACACUCAUUGAUGCUUUCUUUAAGGCUGGAAAAUCCAUAGAAGCACACAAUAUGCUAAAUGAGAUGCAAAAGAGAGAUAUUACCCCUACCGUGGUGACAUAUUGCACAUUAAUUGACGGUUUGUGCAGUUUGGGUUUCGUACAGGAAGCAAUUGAUCAUUUCAAUAAUAUGCCAAACAUUGGUUUGCGACCUAAUCUGAUGGUUUACACAGCACUUAUAGAUGGACUCUGUAAAAAUGCAUGCCUAGAGGCUGCCAAAACCCUUUUUAAUGAAAUGCUUAAGAAAGGUAUACUUCCGGAUAAAGCUACUUACACAUCUCUGAUUGAUGGAAACAUGAAGCAGGGAAAUGUGCAGGAUGCCUUGUUUUUAAAGGAAAGAAUGAUUGAGAAUGGUAUUGAACUUGACCUUCUUGCCUACUCGUGUUUGAUUCGGGGUCUUUCAAGGAAUGGUCAAGUGGAACAAGCAAGAUGUUUUCUUGGUGAGAUGAUUGAGAAGGGUAUUCUUCCCGAUGGAGUUAUUUAUCGGUGUCUAAUAAGAAAAUACUAUGAGCUUGGCAAUACAGAUGAAGCUCUUUUCUUGCAGAAUGACAUGAUGAAGAGGGGUUAUGAAUAUGGCUGAUGUUCAAAUAUCAUCUUGAGUUGGUAAUUAAGAGAAACUCAUUCGUCCAGAAUGAUAUAGUGACAAAUGCAAUUUACAGCUAUCACAAUUCAUAAGAGAUUUUGCUGUUCAACUUCAAAAUAGAGCCCUGAGAGUUAAAAUUUGUCUCAGCGUUUUCAUGUGAAUUGGAAGAGUGAAACCCAAGAAGCUUAUAUUGUUUCUCUAUCCACACUCUGUGAUCUUCAAAGCUGCGGAAAUGCCAACUUACCCACAUGCAGUGAAGAUAGUUUUAACUGACAACUCCCAUUCACCUGUGAAUGAAUCAAGUCUAGUGUGAAUGAAUCAAGCUGUGCUUGCUGUUAUGGCUAUGUAAUCAUCAUGUUAAGGUAGAAGGUACAAGACUGGUCCAUGGACUGAUAGAACUCAGCGGAAGGGAGUGCAGUUUUAGCUUUUGAGAAGUCGGGCAGUCCGAGAAUAAUGAUUACAGAAUGGAACUGCUUGUUCCAAUAAAAUUGACAAUGGCCACAUAUAUGCAAUUAGUUUGAUCUUUAGAGGGGUACAUGUCUUGUUGAUGUACAUCUUUGCUUGUGGUGAUGUUUUAAUUAUUAUAGAGCCCAACACUUGUGGGGCUAUUUUGAUGACCCUCCUCCACACAAGGGCGCUCCCCCACCCCCACUGCCCUUGCCCUAGGCAGGGUUUGACGAGGCAUAUCACAGGAGUGGAGCUCAAAGACUGUCAAGCUCUCCAUAUCCACCCUUGAUCAACCGGGUGAACAAGCAUGCUGCGUAUCACUACUUGCGGACAUGAAGAUGGUGGCGGAGCUGAGUUUUUGGGUUGCAGGGGCAAAUUUAUUGGUGUGGCUAAAGUUGAAGUCUUAUUAAAUUUAUACAUAAAAUGCGUAGAUAUAUGUCUUGUAAACAAAUUUGGGAUGACAAGAAUGUUUUUACUUGGACUUGUUUCAGACCAGACCCGAUUAGAUUUUGGCAGUUGUAAAAUACAUAGAGACCGGACAUUUACCAGACCAGUUCGGAGUAUAUUAGAUCAGUUUAGAUCAAAUCAGAAAAUUUUCCUUUCAAAUAAUGAUUUGUACAUCAGUUUGCAAAACACUAAUUUCUUUAUUUUGC